GAAACAUUCUCGGUCGGUCUCAGUAUUGUGCGUUUCCAAAUCAAGUAAGUAAUCCUUAUCAGCCUGCUAUCGUUGUUACGAAUGAUUUCGACGAAAAGUGUCCUUCUGUUCGUAGCAGGUGUAUUAAUAGCAUACGGAAUAAAUCGGUUCUACAGUCAGUCAACGGCAACGCACCACGAAGGCACGAUGGAAGACUACAAGAACGCUAAAUCGGUGUAUGAUUUCACGGUAAAGGACUCGCAAGGUGCCGAUGUUAGUCUGGAAAAGUAUCGCGGCAAGGUGCUGCUAGUCGUCAACAUUGCCUCGCAGUGUGGCCUAACGAAGGGCAAUUAUGCCGAGCUGACGGAGCUAUCGCAAAAGUACGCGGACAAGGACUUCAAAAUUCUGUCCUUCCCAUGCAAUCAGUUCGGUGGACAAAUGCCGGAAGGUGAUGGUGAGGAAAUGGUGUGCCAUUUGCGUUCGGCCAAGGCAGAAGUUGGAGACGUUUUCGCUAAGAUCGAUGUAAACGGUGACGGCGCACAUCCGCUCUACAAGUAUCUGAAGCACAAACAGGGUGGCACUUUGGGUGAUUCGAUCAAGUGGAACUUUGCUAAAUUUUUGGUCAACAAGGAUGGUCAACCGGUGGAUCGAUAUGCACCAACUACGUCGCCCAGUAGCAUUGUUAAGGACAUUGAAAAACUGCUCGGCUAGGCCUGAAGAAUCGAAAACCUGGAAUAAUAAUAGGGAAUUUGGCUGGGAGAGGUACUAGUCAUGGGGGGGGUUGACAAUAGAAGCUAGCAGGGGAUGCAAUCAACUGCACGUAAUCAGAAUAUGCCUGUUUAUGAACUAUAAAUAGAAUUAAAAAUCAAUAAAAUCGCUUUUAUUACCGUUAGAACUAUCGAGCUGGAUUUGGUUAUGGGACGAUUAAGCUAGGCUGGGAAUGAAUAAAUUAUUUCCUUAGUACGGAUAUGACAAU